AUGGUAACCAAGGACUCGCUUAUCAAGCGCCAGUGCAGACGUUUCUUAGGAAAGAAGCAGGUGAAGGGGGCGGCACCGCCGCCCCAAGGACAGCAGCAAGCAGCAGCAAGCAGCAGCAACUUCGGCGGUUAUCUCGGAACCUGCAGCUGCCGUUCCCUCAACAGCUGCAGUGAAGGAGUCGGAGCAACCACAAAGGCGGCGACGGCGGCGACGGCGGCGGCAGCAGCAGCAGCAGAGACAGCCUCAGCCACCGCCACAGCAGCGACCACAACCAAGAGGGCCGAGGCACCAGCAGCCCGCGUCUCAGGGGGAGCGGGCCUGUUACUUCGCCGCGACCUCUCCUGUCUCUCACCUCUGCGUACGAGCGCCAAAGACAGUUGUCGAUUCGCCAGUUCUCCGCGGGCUGACACUCUUGCUGAUCUUCUUGCUGAGGCACAAGCGAAGUUCCCUGCUGGCGCUUGCGGCCCUUCGGAGCAGGAUCUGACUGACAUCCUCGACACCACAAGCCUGAUCCAGGCGAUGAAGCGCUACAGCUCCUUUGCGGCGGGGACCGAUGACCAAGGGUGGAGGAUUCGGCAACACCUGUCUCUCCUCUCUGAUCAGCCAGACCUUCUGAUUCCUGCCCUGUCGGCCAUUCGUCGAGGAGGCAGAUUUAUUCCCCUCUCCAAGGGAGCUGAUAAACCUGGUUUGCGGCCAAUUGUCAUCGGUUCCGCGCACCGUCGACUCGCGACGAAGCUUGCUUUGGCGGGGAUUCGCUCAUUUCUUGACCAGCACUUCCUCUUGUCCCACCCUCGAGCGAUUCAGUUCGGACUGGAUCGAGACGGCUGUCUGAAGUUCUCGCAAACCGCGUCCGCGCUCCUGCCUGUUCAUACUCGCGGUGAUGAUGAAGAUGUCGCGAACCCCACAGUGCUUGAGGCACUUCUUACCUUCUGGGAGUAA